AUGAAUGCAAAAGAUGCCAAUAAGCACUACAUUUUACCGUUACUGAACACCCUAAUGUAUGCAAUUAUUCAGGCUGCGUACAUUCCUGAUAAUCUUUACGAAAAAGCAUAUACAUUUUGCAAAGGUCUCCUCUCCUUACCGAAGCCCUACUGCACAAUCGGCCAUCAAUAUGCAGUCAUGUUAAAGGCAGAGAGAAAAGCACCAGGUCUUUUGUACCAAAGGCUCGUUAUUUCCGAGCAUGGGCUCAAAAAUGACACAUUUUCACACCGAGAUAAGUUAGGAAAUCCGCCAUCUCUACCUGGUCUGGCCUAUCCCCACCAGCACCUUGUAAAGAAAUGGUUAAAAUUCUUUGAUAAAAUAGAUGAACUUUUCUUUGUCAGGAUUUUCAUCUUUGCUGAUCCCGACCUUAUCUCUGAAGAAGUCAUCAAUGCUCUUCGCAAUGAGAUUCACUCUGUGAGUCUAAAUGAUACAUCUGCUCUUUAUAUGUGUCACAUUAUUAAGCACAGCAUCCAAGCAACACUGGGAGAGAACUGCAACAUCAGUAACUUGGAUGUAGCAUUACAGAAUAAAGCCUACAAUGUGAUCGAGCACUAUUUCCAGGAAGUGGUCGCUAUCACAGAACAAUCAUAUUAUUCUUCAGAGGACAUUGCUGGAGCCCACAGGAAGCACAGUAGCAAGUUGCAAGAAAUCUACAACAAAAUAACUGGCCCUGCACAACAAGGUAGGUUAGGACCAAUGGUUAUUCUGUUCACUGGAUGUAUUCAAGAGAGAGUUAGAUUUAGCUCUGUAACUUAUCUACAAACACUCGCCUUUCCCCGCCCACCCACUCACCCUUCCUCCAUUAAAAGUUGGUUAACCAGUACCACAGUACCCUCUUGGGAUCACACUGUCCCCAGCCGACAAACAUCCUAUCAGAACCACACUGCCUCAGUGACUUCAAGUGAAGGUCUCCAGAACAUUCCACUGCCAAAUCCAGAUAUCAGUUUUUUUAUGUGGAAAGAUGACGACCUCCUUUGGAAGGAAUUGGUGCGUUUUGUUAGAAAUCAACUUGACUCUGGCCAGGAUUUCAUUAACAGUGACUCGGACACUUCUGAGAUAAGUGAGUCAACGCACGGUCACGACAUUGAGCAAACGAGAUUGUCGAUCCUAUCGACGGACAGUGGGAUAGUUCGAGACUGUGGUGAUCCAACUACUGGGAAUGACACAUCACCUUCAAGGUCCAGUGAAGGAAACCAGGCCAAGCUUUCCAGAAAAGGCUGUGUGAAGAAAAGAAACCAAGACUCUGAAAAUGCACUGUUUCUUCCGGAACUCUAUGAUAGUACUGCCACAAGCAGUGAUAUGAAUCUUCAUCGAAGGUCGGAUUGCAAUGCCAUGUCAUUCAGCAUCAAACAACUAAAGCCAAACACUGCCCGGGUGGUAGUCAUUGGAAACGACUGCAUUUUGGGAAGAUUAGCAAAGGCUUUCCAUUCCUUGAGGAAAAGAGAAGCAAGAAGAAGUAUUCUAACUGCAAAACUAAACCUGCUGUUCUACCACAUACCUGUAACAAAUGAGAAUGAGAAUCCUGUAUCCACUGCACAGGUCAAUCAUUUACUACAUAGUGACCUUUCUUGUGAACUGUCGAGGUACUUGGGCAGUAUAGAUCCCUGGUAUAACAGCAACAUCAACAGUCUACGCAAGAUGAUACCUGAACUGGCUAAGAUGUCAACAAUGUGUGGACAACAGUGUGGUGCUGAUCCAUUUAUUGUGGAUGUCACAUCAUACUAUGUGCGUAUGGGAUGUCAGCCUGUUUGCUUUCAAAUCUACAGUGUAAAGCUUACCUUUUCAAAUGAAACCGAUGAAGUUGUGGAUGAUGUUUUUCUAAUACAGCUUGAAGUAGGGUUUCCAGAACAGAAGCCUGUCAAAGGCAAGAGCCACGUUGAUGCGGAGGAGGGGGACAUCAGAAGGAGUGGGUGGACACAUCACAGUUACAUUGCACUGAGCAACAGGGAAAGUACAAAACAACUCGCAAGUCAUUGUACUGGUGUAGUGAUGAAAGCAGGAACUGAUGAUCUCGUUUGCCUAGACGUAAGCAUAUCGGAGGUAACAAGUAAAACAAACCUAUCUGGAAAAACAUCUUUGAAUGAAAAUGUCAAGAUCAAAACAUCUCAGGUAAAGAUUAAAAUGCAGAACAGUGGAAAAUCCAUGGUGAUUUCUCUGGACAAGGAUUCUCGAAGGGUAUACAAGGAUGUUAUCAGCGUUGAUGUGUCGCCUUGUCUGGAGCCUGGAUACAGUCUGCAUAAAAUGAGGACGUCAAAAUUUACUCAAAGCGGAACAGAAAACAUUGGAUUAGCUAAGUACAUGCCAAAAUGCCUGUUGUUACCAAUCAACACAUUUGUAGGUAUCUUGUGAGUUAAGAUAACCGAUUCAACAGUUAGCUAACUUCUUGGAGAAACUCAUGAUUUGGAGAUAGAAACAAGGAAGUGCAGAUGCUGGCAGACAAUAAAAAGAGACAAAGUGCUGGAGUAACUGAGCGGAUCAGGCAACAUCCCUGAAAGACAUGGAUAGGUGACGCUUCGGGUCGAAUAGAUCUGUAGAAGGAUGUGAGCUGGAAAGGUCACUUAUCCAUGUUCUCCACAGAUGCUGCCUGACCUGCUGAGUUACUCCAGCACUUUGUGUCUUUUCAUGGCCUGGAGCUGCUGGAACAAUAAAAUGUCACGAUAAUUACAUUUGUUUCAAGAGGAAAGGAACAAUUAUUUGUCGACACUUGGCCAGUCCAAAAACGGUGGUGCUUUUUAUUGAGGACGUCAGAUUGUGGGUGCUCGGUUGGAAUCAACGCAUGAUAUUUGAACGAGUCCUAGGAAGUCACAAAAGGUGACCACCGCACAAAUGCAAACACCACAUUGAUGAAACAUUCCCACAGAUUAUGUGAAGUGAUCUAUUGUGUGGGCCUUUUUCUUGGCUACUUAAUACUCAUGCAUGCUAUUGGGUUUGUCUCCAAAACUGCUGGACAUUAACCAUCUUUUGGUAGAAUGCAAUAUUCAAGGGUGUGAUUUAUACCCUACAAAAUACAUUUUUGCAGGAAAGAUCAAUAUCAGAUGUACAGAUUAUAUUCCUUCAAUUUUUGUUCACAAAAGUCUCUAAAUUUUGGAUUGAAUGUUAGUGAACAUAUGAGCAAAAAAAAAUAAAUUCUGGAGUAACUCAGCGGGCCAGGCAGCACCCGUGAUAAGAAUGGACAGACGCGUUUUGGGUUAAGACCCUCUAUCAGAGGGUUAGGGGAAGAAAGCUGGAAAAGAGAGAUGUGGGUGAGACUAAGCCUGGCAAAUGAUAGGUAGA